ACACAGACGUAUGAUACUAUCUCGUAAAAUUGCAAUCACUGUCUGUGUCUGGGUUUGAGAAGUUGGAGGUGCGUAAAGCCAUGGCUUGGGCUUUAGAGCAACGAAUGGUAUUCCCUGUGAUCUUAGCAGGUUGUAUGUUGUGUUUAUUAGCAACUCCUUCCAUGGCUGAGCUUCCCAGAUUCAAACACACUCCAAACCCACAACAACCUCUUAACUUUUUGGUCGUUGGAGAUUGGGGAAGAAAAGGAACCUACAAUCAAUCUUUGCUCGCUCAUCAGAUGGGAAUUGUGGGGGCGAAACUAAAUAUAGAUUUCGUGAUCUCAACUGGUGACAAUUUUUACGAAGAUGGCCUAACAGGAGAUGAUGAUCCAGCAUUCUACGAGUCAUUCGUCGACAUCUACACUGCCCCGAGCCUGCAAAAAACAUGGUACAAUGUUUUGGGAAACCAUGACUAUAGAGGAGAUGUUGAGGCACAAUUAAGUCACGUUCUGAGACAAAAAGAUAGAAGAUGGGUUUGCCUGAGGUCUUUUAUUCUCGACGGAGAAAUUGUAGAAUUUUUCUUUGUGGACACGACUCCUUUUGUAGAGAAGUACUUUACGGACCCUGGAGAGCAUACUUAUGACUGGGAAAGCGUGCUUCCCCGAGAAGCAUACCUUUCAGAACUCUUGAAGGACGUUGAUUUAGCAUUGGCACAAUCAGAGGCUACAUGGAAGAUGGUGGUGGGACAUCAUACCAUCAAAAGUGCUGGGCAUCAUGGUAAUACCCACGAGCUUGAGGAGCUGCUUGUUCCCAUCUUAGAGGCAAACAAUGUUGAUGCAUAUAUAAAUGGACAUGAUCAUUGCUUGGAACACAUAAUUGACAAAAAGAGUGGAAUCCAAUUUCUAACAAGUGGAGGGGGAUCAAAGGCAUGGAGGGGUGAUGUCAACCAGUGGAAUCCGGAAGAGCUCAAGUUGUAUUAUGAUGGGCAAGGAUUCAUGUCUGUGCAGGUCACCAAAACCAAUACAGAUAUUGUGUUUUAUGACCUUUAUGGCAAGGUUUUGCAUAUAUGGAGCAUAACCAAAGACCUCAAGCCUAGAUACAAAUAAGCUAAAAGGGACCUUAACACCAGCUAUGUAUUUUGAAAAGAGAGAUCACUAAGGCUGAAAUUUGGUAUAAAUGUACUAUUUGUAAUGAAAUACAAAAUAGAAGGGUUGUUUAGAACAGUCUUAACGAGCUUGCAGUACUGUAAUACUGCACACAAACUCGUGUAACAGAAAUUUGAGG